AUGCCUUCAUCACCACCUACGUUUAGUUUACAGAACACAUUGCCAAGACUCCCAGUACCCUCUUUGGAAGAGACAUGCUCACUCUAUUUGAAAUCCAUCAUCCCACUCCAAACACCACAAGAGCAUGAAAAGACCAAAUCGAUCGUUGCUGACUUCUUGGCCAGUGAUUUAUCAAAGUCCUUGCAACAGAGACUCAUUGAUAUCGAUCGUGCCUCACCAACCAACUGGUUGGAGGAUAAUUUUUGGUUGAAAAAGGCUUAUUUGGAAUGGCGUGAACCGUUGAUGGUGAACAGCAAUUGGUAUAUUCUGGGCCAAGUGGAUGCCAAUCAUCCAAAGCAACUGCUGGCGCACAAUGGAGUGCAGCCUCAUAAGCUGUUCUCUAAGUUUCAAAUCAGUCGUGCUGCUCAUAUGAUCCACAGAGGUUUGCAAUACAAGGAAAUCAUCGAUAGACAAGAGCUGCCUGUGGAUAUGAUGAAGGGAAACAAGGCCCAGUGCAUGUGGCAAUACGGUCGUAUCUUUUCAGUGACCCGUGUUCCUCUGCAUCAUUGCGAUACACUGGUGCAAGCAGAUGCCAAGUUCGUUCGCCACAUCGUGGUUCUUUUACGUGACCAGAUUUACAGGCUGGAUGUCUACAAGGAGCUCAAGAAGGACAUUUGGGUCCUACUUACAACUGAAGAAAUUGAAGCUGCUCUUUUGGAAUUGGUUGCUCAUGUCGAAAACUUGUCUCAACCUUCCCCUCCCGUCUCGUUACUCUCUUCAUGGCAGCGCGAUAAAUGGGCUAUUGCUCGCAACCACCUCUUGGCUUUGGAUCCUAAACAUCACCGCGACAACCUGACCACCAUCGAAGAGGCAUUAUUUGCUGUGGCUCUGGAUGAUCAUUCUAAUGGCACCGACAAUGCUUCAUGGACCAAGACCAUGUUCUGUGGACAUCAAGGCCUUGGUAAUGGCCAUAAUCGCUGGUUUGACAAGUCAUUUACACUGGUGGUUGAAAACAAUGGCAUGUGUGGGUUCUCGGGCGAACAUUCACCUGUGGAUGCCUUGACUGUCAGCUACAUCUUUGACUAUAUGCUUCAAGUGCCUACACCCAACAACUUGACCCACGAGUUUGUAUACCCCAAAAAAGCCACUGGAGCCAACAAGCCGUCUGCUACGACAGCUUCAUUCCAGCACCUCACCUUCACUACAGACGCUACAUUGAAUACCUACUUGGUGGAGGCUCAGAAGACUGCCGAUGCCACAGCGGCUCUCUCAGAUUCCAAUGUGUUGGUAUUCAAGGACUUUGGUACCAACUGGGUCAAGAAAGUAGGCCGUGUUCCUCCAGAUGCUUUCUAUCAAAUGGUGCUUCAAUUGGCCUAUUAUCGUGUUCACAACAAGGUAACAGCUACUUAUGAAACCGCCGCCACUCGCAAGUAUCUCCGUGGUCGUACCGAGACGAUUCGCACGCUCAGUGUAGACAGCAAGGCAUUUGUGGAAGGUUUCGACAACACCGCUCUUACAGCCAAGCAAAAGUACGACCUAUUAGCCAAAGCAACAUCAGCACAUCGCAACUACACUCAAAUUGCCAGCGAUGGCCAUGGCUGCGAUCGUCAUUUACUCGUGUUGCGUCUACUGAAUGCGGAUCAUCAGAUGUUGAAUGCACACGGCGAACUGGAGUCUGUUGCUAUGCAUCCCAUCUUUACCGACCCUGUUCACGCAGAAUCACAAACAUGGCGUCUCAGCACCUCUGGCCUUCACGCAGGCAUACGUUUGAUGGGCACUGGAUUUGGCACUGUGUAUCCUGAUGGUUAUGGUAUCAAUUACAUGGCUGCCCCUACCUUGGUCAAGUUUGGUAUCGAAUCAAAACGUGUGCCUGAAACUGUCAGCACCGAACAAUUCAUACAGGCCAUCUACAAGGCACUCAAGGACAUGCAGCAUGUGUGUGAGCAAGUGAAUAACAGCAAGGAGGCCAAAUUGUAG